UUUGGCCCUCCCUGAAAGCUUGCACAUUUCUCUUCCAGGUUCACAGUUCCUGGGCUAAGGACGGGGAAGGAGUAUGAGUUUUGUGUCAGAUCAGUCAGCGAGGCUGGGGUCGGCGAGAGCUCAGCUGUCACCGAACCCAUCAGGGUCAAGCAGGCUCUGGCCACACCAUCUGCCCCGUAUGAUUUCAUGCUCCUGAACUGUGGGAAAAAUGAUAUGGUCAUUGGGUGGAAGCCCCCCAAGCAUCGUGGAGGUGGCAAGAUCCUGGGCUACUUCCUGGACCAGCACGACUCAGAGGAGCUGGACUGGCACCCGGUCAACCAGCAGCCCAUCCCCACCCGGGUCUGCAAGGUCAGUAACCUUUGUGAAGGCCACUUCUAUGAGUUCCGUGCCCGGGCAGCAAACUGGGCAGGGGUUGGCGAGCUGUCGGCACCCAGCAGCCUGUUUGAGUGCAAAGAGUGGACGAUGCCCCAACCAGGCCCCCCGUAUGAUGUGCAAGCGUUCGAGGUGCGGGCCACCUCCCUGAUGCUGAAGUGGGAGCCCCCGCUGUACACAGGAGCUGGGCCCAUCACAGGCUACCGCAUCAGUGUCCAAGAGGAAGGCUCUGAACAAUGGAAGCCUGUCACCCCAGACCUUAUCUCUGGCACCCACCUGAGGAUCUCUGACUUGCAGCCGGGGAAGAGUUACGUGUUCCAGGUUCAGGCCGUGAAUUCGGCAGGUCCGGGACAACUGUCCAUGCCCACCGACCCCAUACUCCUCGAAGACAAGCCAGAUGCCCGAGAGAUCAAGGUUGGUGUGGAUGAAGAAGGCUUUAUCUACUUGGCUUUCGAAGCUCCUGAGGCCCCUGACUCGGCAGAGUUUCAGUGGUCCAAGGACUACAAGGGCCCACCAGACCCCCAGAGGGUCAAGAUCGAGGAGAAAGCUAACAGGUCCAAGGUCAUCCUGAAAGAGCCUGGCCUUGAGGACUUGGGCACCUACUCCGUGGUGGUCACCGAUGCUGAUGAAGACAUCUCGGCCAGCCACACGCUGACGGAGGAAGAGUUGGACAAGCUGAAGAAGUUGAGCCAUGAGAUCAGGAACCCAACGAUCAAGCUGAUCUCCGGCUGGAACGUUGACAUCCUCGAACAAGGAGACGUGCGGCUGUGGCUGGAAGUAGAAAAGUUAUCUCCGGCCGCUGAGCUGCAUCUAAUCUUCAACGAGAAGGAGAUCUUCAGCUCACCGAACCGCAAAAUCAAUUUUGUCCGAGAGAAGGGCCUGGUGGAAGUGAUCAUCCAGAACCUGUCGGAGGAUGACAAAGGGUCCUACACUGCUCAGCUCCAGGAUGGAAAAGCCAAAAACCAGAUCACCCUGGCACUGGUGGAUGACGAUUUUGACAAACUUCUGAGGAAAGCAGAAGCUAAGAGAAGAGACUGGAAGAGAAAACAGGGUCCGUAUUUCGAGGAGCCCUUGCAGUGGAAGGUCACGGAGGACUGCCAAGUGCUGCUGACCUGCAAGGCGACCAACACCAAGAAGGAAACCCACUUCCAGUGGUUCUUCCAGAAGAGAGAGACACCGGAUGGUCAGUACGACCCAGAGACUGGAGUAGGAACUCUGUGCAUCGAAGAGCUGUCCAAAGAGGACAAGGGAAUUUAUAGAGCAACGGUUUCUGACAAUCGAGGGGAGGAUGACACCAUACUGGACCUCACAGGUGAAGCCCUGGAUGCCAUCUUCACUGAGCUGGGCAGGAUUGGUGCCCUCUCUGCGACCCCACUGAAAAUCCAGGGGACCGAGGAGGGGAUCCGGAUCUUCAGCAAGGUCAAGUACUUUGACAUCCAGUACAUGAAAACCACCUGGUUCCACAAAGAAAAGCGCCUGGAGAGUGGUGACCACAUAAGGGCUGGCACCACGCUGGAUGAGAUCUGGCUCCACAUCCUGGACCCCAAAGACUCAGACAAGGGCAAAUACACCCUGGAGAUAGCCGCGGGGAAGGCAACCCGGCAGCUCUCAACUGAUCUCUCGGGACAAGCUUUUGAUGAUGCUUUGGCUGAGCACCAGAGACUGAAAGCCUUGGCCAUCAUUGAGAAGAAUCGUGCCAAAGUGGUGAGGGGCUUGCCAGAUGUAGCCACCAUCAUGGAAGAUAAGACCCUGUGCCUGACCUGUGUCAUCUCGGGAGACCCCACCCCUGAAAUCUCUUGGAUAAAGAAUGACCAGCCUGUCACCUUCCUUGACCGCUACCGCAUGGAAGUGAGGGGUUCGGAGGUCACCAUCACCAUCGAAAGGGUCAACAGUGAGGACAGUGGGCGCUACGGCGUCUUCGUCAAGAAUAAGUAUGGCUCUGAGACGGGCCAGGUCACCAUCAGCGUGUUUAAGCACGGGGAGGAGGCCAAGGUGCUGAAGAAGACGAGAGGACAUGCUGAAGCACCACCUGUGGUCUAGUCUGCAUGGACCAGCGGGGUCAACCAUUCAACAAACAUUCAUCCGAGCUCCAGCUGUGCCAGGCGGAGGAGAUCACUGGAAGCUCAAAGAUAAAUGAUAUGCAGGCCCCACCCUCGAGGCUUCAGCACAGAUGGAGAGACAGACCUGGAUACAAAAGACUCCAGGACAGGCAGAUAA